AAGUGAUCUUUAACCUUCAUGGUCUCAUGGAACUAUUUUCAUGAGUUGGGUCAUCUUUUUUUUGUUUCAAGAUUGUACAUUUUGCAUACAAUUCUUGUUUUUUUAAAAAAACUUAAAUGUGUGUAAAAGCAACAGUUUCAGCUUAAAAAUUGAAUCUUUAUACUGUUUGACACGUAAAGGUUUGUUCUUUUUUCAACUCUUUUCUUUAUUGUUUGUCAAAAAUUGUCUGUUGGGUAGAUAAACCAAAAUUAGGCGGACACUACAAAGCUGUCAGCAAAAUCAAGAUUUACAAAAUUAGUAGGCUUUGUCAGCUUCUUUUAUUGCUUCGGAAGUGGAGAAAAUGAAGAAAAAUUGUUUAAAGAAUUGGUGGAUUUGAGUUGAAAAAGUGAGGAAAGAGAAAAGUUAGUAGUUUUGAUUUAGGUAAAAGAUUCUACUUGUAAAAGGGUUCUCCUCUUUUUUUUCUGGUUUAUCAUAGCUUGGAAGGAAGUGGAAAAUUGAGGAAGUUUUCAAGAAUUUAGUUAAUGUGGGAGAUGAGCUAAGUCAAGAAAAUUAUUUAAUGUUUGAAAUGUGCUUUGCUUAAUAUAUUACUACCAAUAAGGGGUUUUUCUCUUAUGCUUAAAAGGGUUGUUUUUCUUCAAGUUCUUGAAAUAGUUUGUUAAAAAGUGUAGUUUGUUCAUUGAUUAAGACAAAUUCUGCAGAGUUUAUGAUCAUUGGGGGUUGAAAGAUUCUUCUUUUAUAUAGUACAUUUUGAGGUGUUUAGAUUGUCUUUUGUGGGGUUCUUUCUCUUCAAAUUUUUGAAAUAAUUUAGCUAAAGUGUAGCUUGUUCAUUGGUUGAGACAAAUUCUGCAGACUUUGUGAUAUUGGGUUUAAAAGAUUCUCCUUUUAUCUACUUUUUGAGGUGUUUAGAUUGUCAAGAUUUGUGGGGUUCUAUAAUUGGAGUUUUUUUUUUUUUGAACUUGAAAGAAAAUGGUUGGUAGUAUUGAAGUGAAAAGUGGUAAUAGUGUAUACUCAAAUGGGAGUGUACACAACCACAAUGGUCCAGAGGAGAAACUUGAUGAGCUUAGGCAUAUUCUUGGUAAAUCUGAUGGUGAUUUGUUGAGGAUUGUUUGUGUUGGAGCUGGUGCUUGGGGCAGUGUUUUUGCAGCUUUGUUGCAAGAUAGUUAUGGUCAAUUUCGCGAUAAGGUUCAAAUUAGGAUAUGGAGAAGGUCAGGGAGAGCUGUUGAUAGAGCCACAGCCGAACAUUUAUUUGAAGUGAUCAAUUCAAGGGAGGAUGUGUUGAGAAGGUUGAUAAGGAGAUGUGCAUAUCUGAAGUACGUCGAGGCUAGAUUAGGCGAUCGGACAUUGUAUGCUGAUGAAAUCUUGAAAGAUGGUUUCUGCUUAAAUAUGAUUGAUACACCAUUUUGUCCAUUGAAAGUUGUGACCAACUUGCAAGAAGCUGUGUGGGAUGCUGAUCUUGUGAUUAAUGGAUUGCCCUCGACUGAAACACGCGAAGUCUUUAAGGAGAUCAGCAAGUAUUGGAAGGAAAGAUUAACUGUACCAAUCAUCAUUUCACUGGCAAAGGGUAUAGAGGCUGAACUAGAUCCAGUUCCUCAUAUUAUUACUCCUACGCAGAUGAUUAAUCGGGCAACUGGAGUACCAGUUGAGAAUAUCCUUUAUCUUGGUGGACCAAAUAUUGCAUCGGAGAUUUACAACAAAGAAUAUGCUAAUGCUAGGAUUUGUGGAUCAGAAAAAUGGAGAAAACCACUUGCAAAGUUCCUUAGGCAACCUCAUUUCAUUGUAUGGGACAACAGCGACCUAGUAACUCACGAAGUCAUGGGAGGUUUGAAGAACGUCUACGCCAUUGGAGCUGGGAUGGUAGCUGCACUAACAAAUGAGAGUGCUACCAGCAAAUCAGUAUAUUUUGCACAUUGUACAUCGGAGAUGAUAUUCAUCACGUAUUUAUUGACUGAAGAACCAGAAAGGCUUGCAGGGCCUCUUCUAGCUGAUACAUAUGUUACAUUGUUGAAAGGUCGUAACUCAUGGUAUGGUCAAAUGAUAGCUAAGGGAGAACUGAGUCUCGAUAUGGGUGAUAGCAUUAGUGGCAAAGGAACAAUCCAGGGAGUUUCUGCUGUCGAAGCAUUCUAUGAACUUCUAAGUCAGUCAAGUUUGAAUGUGUUACAUCCCGGAGAUAAUAAGCCGGUUGCCCCAGUUGAGCUGUGCCCUAUCCUGAAGACUUUAUACAAGAUACUCAUAAAAAGAGAACAAGGGACAAUGGCUAUUCUUCAGGCAUUGAGGGAUGAAAACUUGAACGAUCCGCGCGAUCGGAUUGAGAUUGCACAAAGUCAUGCUUUUUACAGGCCUUCACUUCUUGGACAACCUUGAUCAACAAUUUAUGCACAACAUUUUUAGUAUUUAAAGCAAUGAAUAAGUGUAUAGAGUGGUUCAAAUUGGAUGGAUUGUUUUGUGUGGUGAAGAAAACAUACAUUUCAUACUCAAAUUUGUAUUGAUGAACAUCUUGAUAUUCAUUUGAACUUAAAGCCUAUUGUAUGCUUUGUUCUUUCCA